AUGGGAAUCGUUCACGCCUCUGUCAUCAUUGAGGAGAUCUACACUCCCUCUACUGGGAAUGGUUGUCUUCACAUCCACAUACCCGCCCCACCCCCCACUACUACCUCUGCCACCGUUACCGUCCAGUCUCCCCUUGUUUUUCACGUCAGGGCCCCUCCCCCUCCGCAAGCCUCCCCUCCACAAGCUCCCCCUCCUCAGGCUUCCCCUCAUGCUUCCCCGGCCCUAGUCUCCCUCGCUAUAGCCUCGAAGCCAAAGAAGAAGUUUCUCGGCCUGCGUUACAAGGACACAGGACAUAUUGUUCCGUUCGUCGACGCGAAGGGAAAUUACGUCUCGGCGGACACCAAGGAGUUGAUCUGGGUCCCCAGCUUGGGAAGAUGGGUUGGAGGGCCCAAUUAUGUGCCCCGUUAG